AUGACAACCUCAACCUUCAAAGACACAAACCUCCUCACCUUCCCCCACACAAUCCCCGACCCCCAGGAAUCCGCUCCAGCCCUCCUCUCCCGCUGGUCAGACACCCUCGUCGACUCCCCCCCGGCCCUCAUCGCCGUCCCAAACACAGAGCAGGACGUCGUCUCGGCCAUCGCCUUCGCCCGCAGCAACAACCUCGUCGUCCUCGCCACCGGAGGCCGCCAUGGAUCCGGCAUCCCCAUCACCCCCAGGACGCUCUACCUGGACCUGAGAAACCUCAACGCGAUCCAGCUCGACGUCCUCAAAGAGCAAGUCACCAUAGGAGGCGGCGUCCUCACGGGUGAUUUGAUACGGCACCUCGCCGAGGAAGGCUACUUCACCGCCGUCGUCAACUCAAACGCAGUCGGCGUCGUCGGCAGCUUCCUCGGCGGCGGCAACACCUCCGUCAACGGCCUCGUGGGCUGGAUGGCCGACAGCGUCGUCUCCCUCCGCAUCGUCACCGCCGCGGGAGACGUCCUCGAGGUCGGCUCCUCCUCCUCCACCGGCGAAGAAGAGCGCGCCCUCUUCAACGCCCUCUGCGGCGCCGGCCACGGGCUCUGCGUCGUCGUCAGCGCCACCAUGCGCGUCUAUCCCCUCAGCUCCCUCGGGCUCUCCCCGACCAGCAGCGAGGACCCCACGCCCAGCAUCUGGAACCGGACAGUCAUCCUGCCCCCUGACGCCAUCGACUCCGUCGUCAACACCUUCCUCGCCUUCGUGCCCCCUCCAGAACCCAUGAACAUGAUCCUCGCCUUCUCCCGCGGGCCCCCGGGCUCCCCCCUGGCGGGGAAGCCCAUCCUCGUCCUCACAAGCACAUACUACGGCCCGGCCAAGGACGCCGAGGACUCCCCCGCAGGCGCAUCCCUCCGCCGCCCGUCCCUCGCCUCCAAGGCUCUCAAGACAGACACCACCCAGGUCCCCUUCCCCCGCGUCAACGCCGGCGUCGAGGCCCUCAACGCCCACGGCGGCCUGAAAACCAUGUUCUCCGCCCGAAUCGGCCGCCUCUCUUCGCAGGCCCUCAAGGACGCCUACGCCCGUUAUGUUGCCGAGACGGAUCGCUACCCCGACGCCCCUCGCACCGCCAUCAUGUUCCAUAGCUUCAACCCCCGCAAGUCUGCUGAGCUCAAUGCGACGCCGGAGGGCGCGGGCAAGUUCCUCGAAGGCCGCGACAGAGGCAUCUGCAUCGUCGGGGUGUCGUGGUGUCAGGAGCCUGCCACCCAGGAAGCACUCGCUGUAUUCUUCGACGAGACUCUGGCGAGUUUGCAAAAGGCCGAUGAAGAAGACGGUCGUGGCCCUUGGACCUUUCCGGGAACGUUUAAAUUCCUCCCUGAAAGACGGAACCUGCUUUCCAGGGACAAGCUGGCUGAGCUUGAUCGGCUACAUGCCAAGUGGAAUGGCGAUGGACUAUUUUGGAAUCCGUAUAAGGCGUAA